AUGGAGCCAGCACCCGAGGAGGCCGGACCGGCAUCUAAGCCGCACCAACCCUCCUCCCCACACCCAGAUAUCCAGCCCACCCCCGCACUCCGACCUGAGACCGAUGACGUCCAUGACAAUUCCACCACAAACAACCACAACCACCAUGGCGUGCCUCAGAGCUCCGCAUCCUCAACCUCGACGACAUCCCGGCCCGUCUCCGCUGUAGUGCCCCCUUACUGGCGCCGACACGAGCGCAAUCCCUCGCACGUCUCGCAGUCGUCGCUGCGUGGCGCUGCUCGUAUCACCCUGGAAGAUCAUACUGCCGACCCGAACUCGGAGACGAGUCGUGGGCUCUGGGCUAGUAGCGUUGCUAUUGAUGAUCAUGUUAUUGUGCGCGGUAUGACGGGGGUUGGGUCGUAUGUUGUGUGGAAUUGUACGGUUCAGACGCUUGAUGGUGGACCGAUUGUUGUUCGGAUGAGAUACUCCGAGUUCGAUGACCUGCGCCAGCGGCUGGUUGAUUCGUUCCCGCAUGCAAGGAAUGCGUUGCCUGCGUUGCCGCCGAAGAGUGUUAUCUACAAAUUCCGACCAAAGUUCCUGGAAUCAAGGCGUGUGGGGUUGGAGUAUUUCCUGAACUGUGUCCUUUUGAACCCGGAGUUCUCGGGCUCUCCUAUUGUCAAAGACUUCCUCUUCGGUCGAGUCUGCUAA